UAAGUAGGAAGAAGAAGAGUACAUUGUUAAUUUUCUUUGUUAUGGACGAAACGAUUUCUUGUAGAAAAAGUAAUAAUUUGCACAGAAAACUAAUUUUGCAACAGUUAUUGAUGUUGUAAAUUGAAGUGGUUAUUUGUACUAUAGUGAUUGAUCGCAAUUGAUACCGUAUUAGUGUUGAAUUGCAAAUAAUACUUGUAAAAAAUUUGUCAGCGAAGCGGGUGGUGUACGUUAAGGCAGCGGUAGUAGGGUGUAGCGGCCGUAAUUUGCAAAUCGAUUGGCAUUUUAUGGGAAAAUGCUUAUUAGAUUUGUAAUCAAAUAGCUAACAACUAAAGCAAAUUUAGUAAUAAACGAGGACUGGAGAAAUAUGAUUAAUUCCAGUAUAGAUGUGCUGAAACACAUAUAUAUAUACACUGGACACAAAGAAAAUUGCUGCUGGAGGGAAGCUGCGGAGGGCAUUGAGAAAGGCGCUGGCUCUGUUUUGAAGAUACAAUAAUGCGAUUGAAAAUAAUAUUAAGCCAUGCCAAAGCCUUCCAAAACGUCUUUAAAACACCGCCGCGUUUGCUAACAUCGAAAACACGCCAUACAAACGACCACAUAAAUAUUAUUGUUUGGGAUAAUCUGUUGGCAAAUGAUGUUAUGCUUAUCAGCUCUAUAGCAAUGAAAUCCUUGUAUGAAUAUACCAGUGAACGCAAGACUUGCACUAGUUAAACGCGGCACCGCAGAUAGACUUUAUCAGACAGCUACAUACACACAUGUACUCCCGCCAAAGUGGUACAUCAGCAAAUAAGUUUUGUGAUAUUUUCGUCUACUAUAAGUACGAUUACAGCCGAGUAAAUUAAAAACUGAAACGACAUACUAUACACAGCAAUAAGAAAUAGUAAACAAAGACAUAAAAAAAUCUAGUAUUAGUUAAGAUUGUCACGAAAUGCCAUAUAUCAACUAAAGAUACACAAACUAUCAGGUGUUCUGCAUAGAGCGCGCAAUAUCGAUCAACAAAAAGAAAUUGGCUUUGCGCUGUUUACAUCUUUACAUUCGCCACCACCAGUAACCUCACCACCGUCAACACGUCUACCAUCCAGCUUGUAAUGUUGUCCGACCUCGAUGACACCGAUGAGUUGGACACCAUUGCCGAUGUAAUGGGCUUGCGCUCACAGAACCGUCUCAAUACAUUUCGCGAAAUGUGGUACCACAUUUUUCUGUGGGCGUUAUUCUCAUCUAUCUUCAUACACACAUGCGCCGCAUUAGUUGCCUUUGUGACACUGCGCAGACACAAAUUCGGACGCUUCUUCUCCAUACUUAUUCUGGUAAUGGGAUUUGUAUCACCAGCGAUGGGCGGGAUAGUCAGUAGUGCAGUGAUAGCAUUCGUUCAUCGGGCCUCCAGUUUGCCAAUGUCUCCAAUUUAUGCGAUGGUGUGGGGAGUAGGCCAAACAAUAGUGUCGGCGUGUUUAGGGUUUACACGAAUUUUGGCCACACUAUAGAAAAUGGGAACUAACAUGGGGGAAAAAUGGCAAAGAGUGAGUGACCGACAGACGGACAGUUCCAUAUACAUAUACAGAUACACACGUAAAGUCUUAGUGAUAAUCAAUUAGUGUUUUAAGUCUAAUAUAAUAAUUACGAUUGUAAAAAAAUGAAAAGAAAUUUGUUUUCAGAUACAAAAAAUAUUAACUCCCUUAAUGUUCAUGUAUAUAUAAAAUUAGUUUGGUUUUUUAUGUAUUUUUGUAAUUAAGUUUUUCCACAAACAUUUAUGUCUUCAUAAUAUUAUAUAUAUUUCUUACAAUGUAAA